ACUUUUCUCUAGUUAUUAUAAAUAAUUAAAUUUAUGAAAAGCACGUGGCUGAUUAAGUAAGCCUAGAGUCCUCGUACCAAAAUUCUAGCCUUCCGCUUCAAAGAAAGUAGAUACUUUAGCGGUUUAUAAAUUACUCAAAAAAUAUUAUAUACAAAACGCAACCGCGAUCGACAAUAUUUUUUUGUUCAUCCAAACACUCGAUUUCAAAUAAUUUUGGUUCAAUUUGUUAAAAUAUAAUAAACAUCAUCAGACACUUGAUUAGUCGCGGAGUGAUACACAUAGCAUUUCAUUUUAUUCUUGUCCUUUCUUCCGCAAAUACCCAGUGGAAUAUGUCGAUGAAUUCAACAGAUACAAGAAAUGAUGAUUGGGACCCUAAAGAUAAGGUGCCCAGCAAUGAUGAGCCAGUGCAUCAUGAUGGCCCCACCGGAAUGGACCCUGGCGGUGUCAUCGAGUCCAACUGGGACACUGUUGUUGAAAACUUCGAUGCGAUGAAUUUGAAAGAAGACCUUCUGAGAGGAAUCUACGCUUACGGUUUUGAGAAGCCUUCAGCUAUUCAGCAACGAGCCAUUAUUCCCUGUGUGGAAAGACACGAUGUUAUAGCUCAGGCCCAAUCAGGAACUGGUAAAACUGCUACAUUUUCUAUCUCGAUUCUUCAGCAGAUUGACACUAAUGUGCGCGAAUGUCAAGCUCUCAUCUUGGCUCCCACUCGAGAACUUGCCCAGCAGAUUCAGAAGGUCGUUAUUGCCCUGGGAGAUUUCAUGAAUGCUAUGUGUCAUGCAUGCAUUGGAGGAACUAAUGUCAGGGAAGACAUGCGGAAGUUGGAGAGCGGUGUUCACGUUGUUGUCGGCACUCCUGGUCGAGUGUAUGACAUGAUCAACCGACGAGCUCUUAGAACCAACGGCAUCAAAAUUUUCGUCCUCGAUGAAGCCGAUGAAAUGCUUUCUCGUGGCUUCAAGGAACAGAUUCACGAUGUAUUCAAGACACUCACCAGUGAUGUUCAGAUCAUUCUCCUAUCAGCUACAAUGCCUCCUGAUGUGUUGGAAGUGAGCACACUCUUCAUGCGUCAACCUGUGAGAAUUCUUGUCAAGAGAGAAGAAUUGACAUUAGAUGGUAUCAAACAAUUCUACAUCAAUGUGGAAAAGGAAUCAUGGAAACUUGAUACUCUGGUAGACUUGUAUGACACUCUGAGUAUUACUCAAGCUGUGAUCUUCUGCAAUACGCGUCGUAAGGUCGACAUGCUCACAGAGGAGAUGCAUAACCGUGAUUUCACUGUUUCUGCUAUGCAUGGUGAUAUGGAUCAAAAAGAAAGAGACCUGAUUAUGCGUCAGUUCCGUACUGGUUCGAGCCGAGUGCUGAUCACCACUGACUUGCUUGCUCGCGGUAUUGAUGUCCAGCAGGUUUCGUUAGUCAUCAACUACGAUCUGCCAUCAAACCGAGAAAAUUAUAUUCAUAGGAUUGGAAGAGGAGGCAGAUUCGGUCGUAAGGGAGUGGCGAUCAACUUUGUGACGAAUGAUGACCAGCGCGCUCUGCACGACAUUGAAACAUUUUAUAAUACGAGCAUUGCCGAGAUGCCUACGAACGUGGCCGACCUCAUCUAAUUGCUGCGACCUGGUGUGAGUAUUGUGGCCGCCGCUAGCAGUGAAGUGUUCUGUUCUAUUGAUGCUCUGCUCCUACCCACGUUAAACACGAGUUUUUGACAUUCAUCAAAGAACAGAAAUAUGUUCAGUUUAUCGUUUUAAAAAGAUUUACGCUAAUACUUGGACAGAAAGAAGGUCAAGACCCGUGGGGUCUUGAGGACCUUCGGGUUCCAUACCCAACGGUCCUCUCUCAAAGGACUAUUACAUUAGUUUUUAGGCUCGAUCGGAUUUGGUGUUAAUCUGUAGUUAAUAAUCAUAUUGUAUCAUUUAUCAUCUGUUGGAAUACUGCUAUUGCACACUUUCUAGUAAUUGGUUAUUUUGUGUGUUGCAUUCAAAGUGCUUCUUUACUGUUGUGAAUUUAUAUUUGUGUUUUUGAUAUUAGCAUGGCCAGCUACUACUGGUUUUGGCACAGCAAGCCGUAUUAUAUGUCAGACAGGAAUUCUGAUAGAUUUGUAAGAAGCGAAGCACUAAAAAAUUAUUGCUGUUCUCGUGUUAACUGCUCUUUUCUAAAACAAAUUACUACUUUUAUGUUGUCAGUGAAGCAUUUUUGCGGCAUAUGUUCCCCGCCUUUUGUAUUCCAUUAUUUAAAUAAAUGUUGUGUAGGUGAGUGGAGGGGGUUUUUCAAUCACAAAAGAUGUAAAAGGAAAGAACUAAGUUGUUUGUCGAUUAGUUGCAAUAAUUUAAGUAAUAUAUAAGUUAAUUUGAGAUCUUUUUGCUAGCUAACUUGAUUAUCUUGUUUUUGUAUUCCAGGAAUAUUUCCAGUCCAUUCAUGGGGAAGAUUGUUUUGGAAUAAAGAAACUUCCAUACUCAAGCUCAUCACAUGAUUAUUGCUAUACUCCUUUGACACCUUACACUCCCUGUCCUAUUAAUAGGCAAUUAAAGUAUCAGUUAUAUUUUUAUUUGAACAACCAAAAUUUACCUUGACUUUUUUUCUAUUUUGAUCACUUUUUAUACUCUUGUAAUUUAUUUUAUUUUUUAUCAAAAAUAAAAAUAAUGAUGAAUUCUGUUCAUUUCUACAUAAUUUAUAACAGUCCCCGCUAUAAAUUCUACAAUUAGUCAACUGAUAGUUUCUAAUCAAGUCACAAAUUUCUGCUAGUAUCCAUUAUUACAUUUCUAUCGCGUUCAUUUAAACUUGAAAUUAAAAAGCGAAAAAUCAUACUUACAAUUGUAUGCAUGCAAUCAAAUAUAAUUUUCUCCUGAACAUGAAUAUUUGCAAAAGUGAUUAUUUUUAUUCUGCUUUCAGUAAAAUAUUACCCAUGGGUUGUGUGCACACACAGAACGGUCAGGCGUUCUGAGUUCCAGCGGUCUUUAGAGGAUCCAUAUCAUCCUAAGACCGCUGACCGCUCGUUGUGUACACAUACCCUUCAGGCCAGUCCAGUGCUUUGAUGAAUUCACUGCUGACUUUUUGAGGUGGGAAAUGCACAUUGAACAGAUUUUUCAAUAUCCUCCAUUACUCCUCUGCUGUUCUUAUUGAACUCAUCCUCAUCCAAGAGUGUAAGGUUUCAGUUUAGAUUAAAAAUGUAUUGAAUUUCUAAUCCAAUAUUUGAAUUGUCCCAACGGAUUCACAAUCAAUGUUUAAUCGUUACUUGAAAAAAAGGUUUGCUAUAAAUGAU